GCUUGCGUUUAUGAAUUCCUUCAUAGCACGCGAUGUUUUCAAUUUCUAUUACAUUUCUCGUUAAUUUUUAUAAACAGUUUUGAAAUUUAACAAGAGUACUAUGAAUAUAUUAAAUGAAAGCAAUAAUAAAAAAAAUAUUAUGUAGUUUUUUGAAUUUACGUAUAUAAAAUGUUAUUUAAUUUUUAAUACAUUUCUUCAUCAAUUCCGAGUUAAAUAGUAUAUAUUUUUUUUUCAAUCGUUGUAUAUUUUAAAUAUAAAAUCUUUCAUUUCAAUAAUUCUGUACUUAACCAAUUAGCGCCAAAUGGUGAAUGUUUAUGUUUCUCUAUUGGGAUAUUUAUUUGAAAUGUUCGAUGUGGACAAAAUCAAGACAACAGGUACAAAUUUCGAAAAAGUAUGCUUAAACUUAUGCAUUAUUUUAUAGUUUUCUGAAAACUGGUAUUUAUAUUUGUCAACUCAGACAUAUUAGAUUGAUACGAUAUAAAUUUUGGAUAGCUUUCCCCGUAAUAACAUGAUACGUUAUCAUAAAGUUCACAACAAUAAUUGAUAUAAGGUACAUACAUAUAUUUUCAUUAAAUAAAAACGUCUCUUUCGCACGUAAUUGAUUACGACAUUGUCUUUUGACACGAUUUAGUUUACGUUUAAUUUUAAUUUCUUUUUUCGGGAAAAUGGAGAGGCUCUAUAGAAGUUUUAGGCCACCAAAAAUGCUACUAAAAUUGUAUUCUCUUUUUAUUCUAAUGCUGGAUCUUGUAACACUUUCAGUUGGUAUUUUUUUUGAAAUUUUAAUUGCAAUAUAUAGGACAUUUAAACCUUUACCCUUAAAAAAUCUGCAUGGAGAAGUUGCAAUGGUUGUGGGUACUGGACGUGGAAUUGGCAGAGAAUUAGCAAUUCAUUUAUGUCAGUUGGGUGUAAAUGUUGCUUGUGUGGAUAUUAAUAUUGAAAAUUGUAAUGUCACUGUAGAAAAGGCUUCUCAAGGAUUGGGAGUAGCAACAGCAUAUAUUUGUAAUGUUACUAACAAGAAGGAAGUGGCUAAUACUGUGAGUGCCAUUCGAUCACAAUUAGGUGAUAUUACAAUGCUUUUUCAUUGCUGUAGUAUACCAAGCCCCAGAUCCUUACUUCAAGAUCGACCAGAAAUAAGACGUACAAUUGACUUAACAGUUAUUAGUCAUUUUUGGUUAUUGGAAGCAGUUUUACCUAGUAUGGAACAUGCUGGUAAAGGACACAUAGUGGUUUUGUCUUCUGUAGCUGGUUUAUCAGGCGCUACAAAUGGAGGAAGCAGAGUUCCAUUGUCUACAGCACAGUUUGCUAUUCAAGGAUUAGCUGAAUCACUGCAUACAGAAUUAAGGCAUUCUAAUAGUAAUAUUAUAAUUACCUUAGUUCACGUUUAUCCAUUUAUCGUAGGUGCAGAAGCAGCAAGAGAUAUUCGUUUUAGAAUACCUAGUUUUUUUGGUACAAUGCCUGCUAUGGAAGCAGCUAAGCAAAUUUUAGAUGGAGUUCGUCGAAAUUAUGCAGAAUUCAGUGUACCUGGAUAUUUACUAUAUAUAGGACACAUCCUUAGAAUACUUCCUAAAAAGGCAUCGUUUAUGUUGCGCGAUUUAUUAGACACAGGAGUUGAUUUCGGAUGAUAUUUAAUUUUUUUAAAUAAUUAUAAUAAUUUAUCACUUGUAGUUACAAUAUGCUCAUUAUAGGAGAAUGUACAGGAGAAAUUUGAAAUUUGUAUUACGAAAGAAAUUUUAUUUGUUGUUUCUAAAUCAUUCGAUCUUUAAAGUGUCUUCCAAUAAAGUAACUGUUUGCAACUUCUGUUUCAUAAUUCGUUGUCGUAUAUGUUACUGUUAUAUAGUUCUUACUCUGUUACUUAAUAUUUACAUGUAGUAGUGUAAGUAGUGUUAAUAAUUAAAUCGAUAUAAUGUUUCAUUGAUUAAUGUAGGAACAAAUACAUACACGCACAACGUACAAAAUAUGAUAAACGCAACUAUGGCACUUAAUAUUUUGGUACAAAUCGAAAACUAUGAGAUAGCCUUUAUACUUACUGUUUAGUUAAGAGCAGACAUCUGGAAGAACAAAUGUUAGUGAUUCAAUUGUAAGUUAAAAAAUGCUUUAAGUAACUUAUAUGCACGCAACGUAAAUCACAUGUAUUAUAUGCAACGGAUAAAAAACGUUAAUAUAUUUCAUAUUGAAAGAGUAAUUCAUAUACACGAAAUUGUGAUGGUUUAACAUGGCAAAAUAUUUAUUUUAUGUAUGCUUAAUGUAGUGUACUUUAAAUCCCAUAUCCAGUACUGUGUACAAAAUAUGUACAAACUUGCAGUAAUGUAACAUUUGAAUUUCUUUUAACAAUGUUUUAUAUAUUUCAUGAAAGUAUUAAUAA